CAAUAGUAAAUUCAGACACUUAUUUUUCAAUUCCUUAAUUGGCCGAGCCAAUUGAAUUUUGAGCGAGCAUUCAAUCAAAAUAACCUCCCGGAAUUUGAACGCAACGGUCUGAAUUUUUUCCACCCCAAGAAUUCAAAGCCUUCUCCUUCCCCUUCAGCAGCACAAGGAGAAAGAUGGGUGUGAAGAACCUGUGGGACAUCUUGGAUUCUUGCAAGAAAACUCUUCCCCUUCACCAUCUCCAGAAUAAGAGGGUGUGCGUAGAUCUGUCUUGCUGGAUGGUUCAGCUCCUCAAAGUAAACAAAUCCUAUUGCGCCCACCAAGAAAAGGUUUACCUUAGAUGUCUCUUCCAUCGCCUCAGAGCUCUCAUUGCUUUGAAUUGCACCAUCAUCUUUGUUUCUGAUGGGGCAAUUCCUGCCAUCAAAACGGCAACUUACAGACGUAGAUUAAAUCUUUCUCAGGAGGAUCCAAAUCUACAGAAACUUUCUUCAAUUAAAAGAAAUCGUGGGUCUGAAUUUUCGUGCGUGAUAAAAGAGGCCAAAGUUCUAGGGAAGGCACUUGGCAUUCCUUGCUUAGAUGGGGUUGAAGAGGCUGAAGCACAAUGUGCAUUACUAAACUCGGAAUCAUUAUGUGAUGGAUGUUUUACUUCAGAUUCGGAUGCAUUCCUGUUUGGAGCGAGGACUGUGUAUAGGGAUAUUUGCCUUGGUGAAGGAGGCUAUGUGGUUUGCUAUGAAAUGGAUGAUAUUGAAAGAAAACUUGGGUUUGGUAGGAAUUCCCUGAUUACUCUUGCUGUUAUCCUUGGAGGGGAUUACUCACAAGGAGUUCAUGGGAUUGGCAGGGAUUCUGCUUGUCAGAUUGUUAAAUCAUUAGGUGACAGUUCUGUUCUCCAACGGAUAACAACCGAAGGAUUAUUAUCUUUUGUAAAGAAGAGUAAAAAGUCAAGAACGUACGUGCAAUCUGAUGACAAAGAGAACUUUCCUUUUUAUAAAGACGGCCCGAAAGGAAGUGAAUGUGAUUUACAAAGGGAUAAAGAAGUGCUUCGGGUGAUAAAUGCUUAUUUGAAACCUAAGUGUCAUUCUGUGGACUCUGAGAUUGUGCACAGCGUUCUUGCACUAUAUCCGUUUCAAAGAAGUGUGUUUCAGCAGAUAUGUGCAAAAUACUUUGAAUGGCCUCCUGAGAAAACAGAUGAGUACAUCCUUCCUAAGAUUGCAGAAAGAGAACUAAGGCGUUUCUCGAAUCUUCGUUCUGCUUCCUCAAAUUUAGGACUCCGAGUUUCUCUCAAUGAGAUGCCAAUUAAGUGUCCUGUCUCUAGCAUUGUCAAGGAAAGAAAAGCUCAGGGAAGAGACUAUUUUGAGGUCUCUUGGGAAGCAGUUCAGGGACUAGAGACCUCCACAGUUCCAGCUGAUCUUGUACAGAGUGCUUGCCCCGAAAAGAUCUUGGAGUUUGAUGAAAGAAGAGCUGAAAAGAAGAGCAAGAAGCGCAAUAAUCAUCAACCAAGACGGAGAAGAGUAGAAAACACGUCCUCCUCAGGCAACGAAAUCAAUUCAAAGCUCCAAGCCCUCCUGCUACAAAUCGAUCAAGAAAACGCAACUGCCUCAAAACAAUCAAUGCCAAACGAGGCUCUAGGUGGCGUAACACAGUUAAAUCCAACAGAUAACAACCCACAACUCCACAAGACAUUAGCAAGACUUGGAUCAUCAUCUGAAAAUGAAGUGACUUCUGAUCUCUCAAGUCCUCCUCGGCCAAGCCAUGGUCAUGAAAAUGCAACUUCCAUAAACCGAUCAAUGCCAAACGAGGCUUUAGAAGUGAUUGAUCUCUUGAGCCCUCCUCCUAAAGCUAGCCAUGGUUUUGGAAUCUUGAAGUGUCAAAAUGUUGAUUGUGUGGAUGUGAUUGAGCUGCUAAGUGACUCUGAAACUGAUAUCUUUUCACCUGACCAUAUUAAGAAAGCAAGAGAACUGAGAUCUUUCAUAGCAAAUUUUUCCGACGAAGCAGGAGCGAGCGACUACCGGAAGACCAGUCCUCCCAGAGCUCCUUUUUGGUCUUCCUCGUUCUUCCUCUGUAGCAACCCCUACUUCGCCAUCCUCCAUCGAGUGCAUCCGUAAAAGAUCCAACUUGGCAAAGAGCGCCUCCUUCGUCUUCUUCGAUCGGUUGCACCCAUCUGGACACUGUAAAACAACAAAUUAAAGGUGUUGAUGAUUUUUGCCAUGGAGGGCCUAAGGAUUCAAAAUUAAUAUUUUACAAUAUCUAGAAAGGAAUAUUUUACAACAUUAACAAGAUGUGUUGAAGUUGUGUGCUGAAAGAUUGCUUCUUGCAGAGAAUGGCCGAAGUCAAUAUUGGUGAUGGAAAAGAUGGAAUCAUCACAUGUCACUAGAAUUUUUUAUUCUAAAGUUUUGAAGGAUGUAAUGUUUGGUAUAUAAAGUUUGGGGGUGUUA